CUGUUUUAAUGUACUGUACCUCAUUUAAUUUAACACGUCACUAAUCGUUAAUGUUCCUCAUCAUCAUCAGCACAAGAGGAGGUGACAGAUGAAUCGAAGCCAAAGCCCAAGUUCAUGACAAAUAUCACAGCCCCAAAGAUCCCUGAUGGUGAAAAAGUGGAUUUUGAUGAUAUCCACAGGAAGCGUCAGGAGAAGGAUCUGUCUGAGCUGCAGUCUCUCAUCGAGGCUCACUUCAUCCAGAGGAAGAAAGAGGAGGAGGAGCUCAUCGCCCUCGUUAACAGAAUCGAGAAACGCCGUGCUGAGAGAGCAGAGCAGCAGAGGGUCCGGGCAGAGAGAGAGAAGGAGAGGCAGGCCAGACUUGCGGAAGAAAAGGAGCGUAAGGAGCAGGAGGAGCAGCGUAAGAAGUUCGACGAGGAUGCUAAGAAGAAGAAGGCCCUCACAAACAUGACCCAGCAGUACACUGCUGGACAUAAGAGUGACAGCAGAAGAGGAGGCAAGAAACAAACUGAGAGGGAGAAGAAGAAGAAGAUCCUGGCUGAACGCAGAAAGGCUCUGAACAUUGAUCAUCUGAAUGAGGAAAAACUCAAGGAGAAGGCCAACGAGAUGUGGCAGUGGCUGAUGGGUCUGGAGGCUGAGAAGUUUGAUCUCGGUGAAAAACUCAAAAGACAGAAGUACGACAUCAACCAGCUUCUUGCUCGAGUCCAGGACCACCAGAGCGCCAAAGGACGUGGCAAGGGCAAGAUGGGCGGUCGGCUGAGGUAAAGGAGCAGCCAGACGGGAACGAAGCAGACCACGACACCAGUGAUCAGCCCAUGUGUCUAUUAUACCUGUAUUCAUUAUUCUGUUGUGUUGGGUUACAUGUCAAUCAUCAUGAUAUCAAAACAAUAAAUAAGUCAUUACAUCCACUCUA